UUGCUUUUUAGUGGUAAUGCGCAGUUGUUAAAUUUAAUGGCUCAAAUAAAACAAAAUAUUUGUUGAUACUGUAUUACCCACCGUUGAACGAUAUUGACCUAUAGACCUGCUGUACAUUUUUGACUUACAGUAUACUAGUGAUCAUCUCAUUGAAUUUGGCACAGUUUCAUUUCCAAAUACGCAGAAAUCGUGAGAUAUCAACAACAACGUUAUGAGCGACGAUUUAAAAAAGAUGGCACUCUCUACAAAUUUAGAAGCAUUACGCUGCGCAAAUCAAGACUUUUCGUUUUCUUUGUACAGGGAAGUUGCAAAAACUGAAAGAGGAAAUAUUUUCUAUUCUCCGUUCAGUAUUCACUUGAUUAUGUUUAUGGCUAGUUCUGGAGCAGCUUCGAAAACAUUUGAUGAAAUAGUAGCCACCUUACAUCUAAACAAAACUACUUAUUCACUAGAAGCGUAUAAGCAAUUAUUGGAAGACAUAACAAGUGAAAAUGAUAAUCUGAAAUUGGCAACCGGAAUGUUUGUCGAUAAGUCAUUCAAUGUCAAAGAAAGUUUUGUGGAAAACUCUAUGAAAUAUUUAAAAUCUUCUAUGGAGAAAUUGAAUUUCAAAAAUGAUCCAGAACAACAGCGCCAAUAUUUAAAUGAUUGGGCUUUAAAAGAAACCAAUAACAAAAUCAAAGAUGUAUUUCUCGAAGACUCUAUCAAUUGUGAUACUACUUUAGUAUUGGUAAAUGCUGUGCAUUUUAAAAGCUCUUGGGCACAUCCAUUUAGACAUGUUUAUGAUGAAUUUUUCUAUGUGACUCCAAGCAACAAAGUUCCAGUGAAAAUGAUGAAUCUCGAAUGUGAUUUUCAAUACUAUUAUGAUAGUAUUCUAAAAUUCUCCGCACUUGAAUUACCUUAUAAUAACUGUGAUUUUAAAAUGACGAUUUUACUGCCCGAUGCUAAAGAUGGAUUGAGUAAUCUGGAGGAUAAUUUUUUUUCAAAAUUUAAAUUACUUGAUAUUUCAAAAAAAAUGGCCCUGAAUUACCUUACAGUCAAAUUACCUCGUUUCAAAAUAGAACAGUCACUACAAUUGAAUGAAAUAUUAUCCAUUCUUGGAUGUCCUACAAUGUUUACACAAGAGGCAAACUUUUCUAACAUUGUUGAUGAUCGUGAUCUCCAUGUGAGUAGUGUUUUACAUAAGGCAUAUAUUGAUGUAGAUGAAUAUGGAACUGAGGCUGCAGCAGUUACAACUUUCCAAUGUCAACCACACUGUGCAAGAUUAUCUAAAUAUGUUAUUGUUGAUCAUCCGUUUAUGUUUUUUAUUUCUACUAAAUGUAAUACCAUUAUGUUUGCAGGUCGAAUCACCAAAAUCGAUUAAUUUUAUAUUGUUUACAACAUUAAUCAUUUUAAACAUUAUCAUAUAUUAUAUUUUUUAUUUAUUUAUUUUGUUAAGUAACGGAUGAGUAUUUAUGUGCAUUAAUUAAUCUUUUU